CUUGCAAAGAAUUAGGCAAUCAAUGUAUUCGAACACCGUGAAAUUGUAGAUUUAUAUUUGCUUUAACGAAUUUCAAAACAAAUUUUUAGUCGAAGAUAACAUGAAAUUAAUUAUUUUAGUGGCUAGCGUUUGUAUAAUAUCAUUAUGCUGCAUAUAUUACAUAUCAGGUGCAUCAUCUAUCAAUGUCGGGACGACAAUACCGCCAAAUGUCCAGAACAUUCUAAAAAAUACAAAUAUAAGUGAUGUAAAGCAAUUGCUUAAUGGAAGUCGUAGAAUAAUCAAUGGAAACGAAGCCAGAAAUACGAGGCCCUAUAUGGUUUAUUUGAAACUGCCAUCAAGUAAUCCAAAAUACAAAGACUUCAGGCGUUGGUUAUGUGGCGGUGUUAUCAUUCACGACGAAUAUAUCCUAACCUCAGCGGCUUGCAUAGAAGACGCCAAACAUUUCUAUGUUGUAUCUGGGACUUAUAGGUUUCACGAAGACAGUGAUCGAUAUAAUAACCCUUGUAUCAAAAAUGGGGCCAAGAAAGCUGUUUGGAAAUGUAUCCCACGAAACUAUGUAUUUGAUGGUCAUGAAAACGAUAAUAUUCGCUGGAUGAACAAUGAUAUAGCCAUCGUGAAAGUAGAAGACGAUUUCAAUUUCGAUAGACGAGUACGAGGAUGUGAUUAUACACCAAAACCUAUUUGCUAUAACAAUCAGAGCCAAAGGUUAGAAGAGCCAGGGACGAUGGCUUCCAUAGCAGGAUGGGGGAGCCUCGAUAAGUAUAAUGAUUGGGUAAACAAAAGAAGUGAUGUGCUAGACCAAGAUUUGAUGGAGACGGAUGUUAUGAUAGUUGCCAAGGACAGAUGCAAGAACCGUUGGGGACAUCGCUACCACAACAUCAUUGACAACUACAUGAUAUGCAGCAAAGAUAUCGUUCCAGAACUGAGUGAGAUUUGUCUGGAGAAAUAUGCUGACUGCACUGAUAUUAUGUAUUCGGAUGAUUAUUCAUCUAAAGACUCGAGGAGGUCUGAUUCAAAUUUAACAAUUGUACAUACUGCACACCACAAUGAUACCGAAUACAGACGGAGUUCAGCGGCCAGUGGUGGCUUUUGUGAAAAUGACCACGGUGGCCCGUUGGUAUAUGGAACUGGUGUCAAUUCCGUCGUGAUAGGGAUUAUAUCUGCUUGUCUUGUUAAAGAACGGACAAAUAAAUGUCACGGGCCUUUUCUUUAUACGAGUGUAUAUAAAAAUAAAGCAUUAAUCAACUGCGCUAUUUAUAAGGAUGUGAGAGGGGAUUGCUCAAAGCUUUUUAGAGCUAGUGAAACUCAUUACGAAGAAACAAUAAGUUGGGCUGAUCAUCCCGAUGGUCCAGCCAAAAAUGAAAUUGCAAAGAUGAGGAGAAAUGAUAAUAAUGAAACUACAAGCACUGCAGCUAAUGUCACGAUUUCUACACCGUUUGAUACCAUCAUCAAACAUAGAGGGGUUGUUCUGAGAGCUUCGGAAGACCGCGAUGUAGUUUUAAAUGGUAGUACAAUUAAAGUAUAACACAAUAGAGUAUUUCAAUUUUUA